CAUGUAGAUACAUGUGUGUGAAGUGAUCCUGCAUGUUUUUUGUUGUUGUUUUUUUCGAUAGCAAUAACACCAGCGCUGGUUUAUACAUAUAUAGUUUUAGUAUUUUACCGGAUUUUAUAAUUCCCAGACACAACAAUCAUGGCUGCAAGUUGUCGCAGACCCGAGCACAUGGCCCCUCCGGAGGUGUUCUACAAUGAGGAAGAGGCAAAGAAGUACUCUCAAAACUCUCGGAUGAUCGAGAUCCAGACUCAGAUGUCGGAGAGAGCGGUGGAGCUGCUGAACUUGCCAGACGAUCAGCCUUGCUAUUUACUUGAUGUAGGCUGUGGCUCUGGACUCAGUGGAGAUUAUUUAUCAGAAGAAGGUCAUUACUGGGUUGGUGUGGACAUCAGCACGGCCAUGUUGAAUGUUGCCUUGGACAGGGAGGUGGACGGAGAUCUCGUAGUAGGAGACAUGGGACAAGGAAUACCUUUCAGACCAGGGACUUUCGACGGCUGUAUCAGUAUCUCCGCUCUGCAGUGGCUGUGUAACGCGGAUAAGAAGACACACAGUCCUCCUAAGAGACUCCACACCUUCUUCAGCACACUCUACUCCUCUCUGACGAGAGGUGCCCGUGCCGUUUUCCAGAUUUAUCCGGAAAAUUCCGAACAGCUGGAGUUGAUCACAGCCCAGGCCAUGAGGGCAGGCUUCACCGGAGGCAUCGUGGUCGACUACCCCAACAGCAGCAAAGCCAAAAAGUUCUUCCUUUGCCUGUUCGCUGGCGUGUCUGGUGUCUUGCCCAAGGGCUUAGGGACGGAGACCGUUGAGAGAAAUGUUUCAAAUCAGGCGCAGUUCACAGGACAGAGAUCUCGCUUCAAAAACUUGAAAGGCAAGUCCCUGAAAAAGAGCAAGGACUGGGUCAAGGAGAAGAAGGAGAGGAGGCGAAGGCAGGGCAAGGAGGUGAGAGCAGAUACGAAAUACACAGGCCGCAACAGGAGACCUCGCUUCUGAAGGCUGUCGUGGCCGAUGGUUUCCAUCAGGCUUUGUCUUUGCCUGCUCAGAUGGACAUUACAAACUAAACAAGAUGCCCGACGAUGUGGACUUGAGCAGGGUGGAUUAUUCUCUUUUCUGAACAGGCGAAACGGAUGGGAGACAUGACUGCCGUGGGAAUAUGACAUGGUUAUACAGAGCAAAAUAUUACUUACUCACUGUGCUUAAACAAAACUCUGUUAUUAAAUAAAAUUGCCUUCAGUAUUUAUAUUGGAAUACUAUUAAAAGGAUAAUGCAAGGCAAAAUGCUUAAUGGAUGCUAAUUAUCAAUGAUUACUGAUCAGAGUUUGUGUAGCGUUUUUGAGUGAAUGUGAUUAAAUUGCAUUUUUUUUUUUUUCAGAUU